UUUCAGGUGAAAAGGAGCUUAUCUCUCUCUCCCCCUCCUCUCUCGCUCUCUCAUGAAUUUCAUCGAAAACAUGGCGGUCUACUCUCAGAAGCUCCUUUUCUCGCCCUUCUUGUUCAGACCUGCCAAACCUAAACCUUCCCUCCUCUCGAUCAUCGACCCGAUCUCGCCCGCUAGGAGUUUCUUCUGCUCCUCUGCUCAAAUUCUUUCUCCAGCUCCUCCAUCGAGCUAUGAGGAACCGAAUCCGGGCUCAACCAAGUGGCAGCCUUUUCGGAAGAAGAAGGUCGUCAUGCGGGUCGGGUACGUCGGGUCCGACUACAGAGGCCUCCAAAUGCAGCGGGAUGAGCACUCACUGUCCAGUGAGUUCCUCUCUGCUACGGAGUUAUGAAUGUCUUGCUAUUGAAGAAGAGUUGGAAAAUGCCAUAUAUAAUGCCGGAGGAAUACUUGAAAGUAACUUCGGAAAUCUGAACAAGAUCGCAUGGGGACGGAGUAGUCGCACUGAUAAAGGAGUUCAUUCUCUUGCUACUACAAUAACAUUGAAGAUGGAGAUUCCGGAGUUUGCAUGGAGGGAAGACCCUUAUGGCAUUCACCUGGCCGAUCAUAUCAACUCUCAUCUUCCUAACAACAUCAAAGUGUUUAGCAUCCUACCCUCGAAAAGUUGGAGUUGCCAAGUGUACAAGCAUAUUGCUGGUAUCUGUGUGCCAUUUCCUCUAUUUUAUCCCGUCCUAAUAGUUACAUGCAUUGGACCUAUUAGGAGUUUUGAUCCAAGACGGGAGUGUAGCAUCAGGAAGUAUUCUUACCUUCUUCCUGCUGAAAUUAUUGGGAUCAAAGAUAUGCAUAGCACGGUGGAAGUUGAUCAUCACAUAUCAGACUUCAAUAACAUACUGAACACUUUUGAGGGGGACCAUCCUUUCCAUAACUAUACAGUACGCUCCAAGUACAGGAGAAAGUUCUCCAUGCAAAAAUCUAGGAAAGAUCGUCGUUCAACCAUAAAAGCAAAACCUGCUAAUACAGCAUCAAUCUCUGAACUGGAAGAAAUUGAUGAAGAUCAAAAUUCUUCUUUGUACAAUGAUUCGGCUGAAAUAGACCAGGAGGGAAUCGGUGAAAAUUCCAUGGUGGGUGGCCUUGAUGAGAAUAUUAUUGACACUUGCCAUGAUUAUGGAAAUAGUCAAAAGGAUCUCAGUUCUGAUAUGACUGUUCGUGCAAGAUGGUUAUAUGAACCCGACGAGAAAGACCGAGUCAGUUCCUCCCACUUCAGAAAGAUCUUACGAUGCUCCAGUGGGAAACCUCAGAAACUACUGGGGUUAGAAUAUGUGGAGAUCUCUGUGUGGGGAGAGUCCUUCAUGUUACAUCAAAUCCGCAAAAUGGUUGGGACUGCUAUAGCCGUAAAGCGUGACAUAUUCCCAAAGGAUAUUCUUGCACUCUCAUUGGCUAAACAUUCACGAAUUGUACUGCCACUCGCCCCAUCAGAGGUUUUGAUUCUCAGGGGGAAUAAUUACCAACUUAGCAAGCAGCCUGGUGAAGUGACGAGGCCAGAAAUGCUUGCACAGGCUGAAUCAGAAGUGAUUCUCAGUAAUGUGGAGAAGUUCUAUCAGUCCACUGUGUUGCCUCAGAUUGCUCGAUUCUUGGCCCCUUCGAGGCCUCCAUGGAGGGAAUGGACUGAGAAAUUGGAGCUCUCGAGAAUUCCUGAAUCGCAGCUUGAUGAAGUCAGAGAUGGUUUGAGGACAUGGCAGGAAAAGCUUGCGAGUCGGAAAGGAGCUGAGCUGGUAUCUAACCAAUAGGGAACAGGCAGUGAUUCGCAGCAAAUUGUGUAUAGUUCAUCCCCUUUACACAUCAACAGCUUCGUGGUGAUCGGGUUGCGUCAUUUUCAAUUGCCCGAUAAGUAUUAUGCAAAUCGAAGCUCUCACAUUUUUCUCGGGAUUAAUUCUUACUCAAAUGGAUUGUAUGUAGUUAUUCAUUGGCUAGGUAUCAUAGUUAAAUGAAUUUCUCCUGUAGCACUGCACAAAUCGAGUUAGCCUACUGGCCACAUUUUCGCGUCGGCUUAGAAAGGCUUUGCAGCAAGAUACGAGGUUAAGUGGUUGCUUUAUUCUGCGAUGUAAUAUCGACUUUCCUUUCCCCCUCAAAUAUUAUGGUUCUGUGUUAGCUUGGAUGGGAAAUAGUUUCAAGUAUAUAUCAAGCAUUUGUACUCUA